AUGAAAACAAAUACAACGCGGGAUGAAUCUAUUCGACGUUCAAAAGCAACGGUACUACCAAAAUUAAAACAACAAUCAAACAAAAAACUUGUAAAUAGCAAUCAAUCGGGGCUACUUAAAAGUUUAAGUCACGAAGAUCUUCUUCUACCAGAUUCCAAUGAUAUUAUUACAAAAUGGCUUUCAGUUAAACCUGAACCAAAUAAGCAUGUAAAAUUUGCAAAUAGUAUUGAAGACAAGGAUGAAAAAACUUCGCAACUAACUGCGAAUGAAACUAAUUCAUUAUCAGAUAUUAACCAAUAUGUGCAUGCAUUGAAUUUAACUCCCGUUAAUACGCCACGAUCAGAAAAUAAUUCUAAACAUGAACUAUUAGAUAACGGUGGUACUCAUUCACCAACAACAGGCAAAGUUAAAUUGCAUCGUACAGAUAUUAACAGAACUUUAUCAGUUUCAACUGUUACGUCAUCAUCAUUAGCAACACGGUUAUAUGGCUCACCAGUUCUACCUGUAGUACCAUCUAUUUAUCAUCGUGCAUCAUCAAUAGAUAAUUCUGCAAGUAUAACAAGUUCAUCAACAGUUAAAUAUCGUUUAUUACAUUUAUGGUUACUUGAUUUAAAUGCAUCGUUAUCUGAAUGCGAUAAAAAAAAGUUCGAUGAUAUUCGUGAACAAGUUCCUGAUGAAUUCGAACAACUACUACCAGCAUUGUUGAAAUUAGGAGUUCUUGCAUGGCCAAAAAAGAUAUUUGAUCAGAGCGAACAACUAACCGCACAAGAAAUGAGUUUACGCGAAGAUUUAAUAUCGAUCAUUGAAAAAGAUAAACAAAAUUUAAGACGACAACAUCAUCUUCAACAUUUAUAUGGAAGUGUUGCACCGUUUGAUAAUGUUUUACAUAAAAAUAGUUCAUUAAGAGAAUGUCUCUCAUUUCAAGGCCAAUUAUCUUUACUUGAAGCGUAUCGAGAUGAAAUAGAAAAGUUGUUAACAAAAAAAAUUCAAUAUUGGAUAUCCAUACCAUCGAAAUCAAGUCAAGCAAGUUUUCUUGAUGAAACAAGUUCAUUAUAUCGUUCAUCAACUAUUAGUAGCACAUGGAGAGCUAAAACAAAAUUCCUUCAAACAAUAUCAUCACGAAAAACUAGAUUAAACAAAAAUGCCGAUCCAUCAAUGCCGGAUGAAUCACUUUCAUUGAUAGUACCCGAUACAAUCGAUUAUCAAUGGAAAAGUAAACUUCUUGCUAAAGUUAUUGAGCAAGGAAUGGAUAUUUUAGAUCAAGUUGUACAACUACCUCAAUCUAGUUUGUCAAAUCAAUAUGAUGAUACUGAUCUUAAAGGACAAGAAAUUGCACGAAAAUAUAAACGAUGGUUAUACUUAUGGUCGACUCUUUACACAGAGGAACAAUAA